GCACACAAGGGGUUAGCAGAGAGGAAUGCAGGAGUGUGGAAUGUGCAUGCAGAUGAGACGGAUGCUAAUCUCAUGCUAAUGAGCCUGUGGCUGGGAACAGGCCGAGGUUACUGGCUUCCCCCGAUCGUCAGCCAGACGGCUCCGUGCUGCUAGUGCGACCUCCGAGCCGGGAGCCCCCCAGAAAUGCUGCAGCGCGGAGCGGACGACUGCCUGCCUGCUGGGCGGCUCUGUGCCCGGCUCUAGGGGCUUCGUAUCGGUGCUCCGGCUGCCCCCCUCCAGCCUCUUUCUGUACUUAUGGAGGAGUUUGCAGGGGCUGAUCAUGCCUAGGAAGGGGAAUGGGCAGCUGCCUCUACCGGAUGGCUGGGAAGAAGCCAGAGACUACGACGGGAAGGUGUUUUACAUCGACCACAACAGCAGGCAGACCAGCUGGAUCGACCCCAGGGACAGGUUAACAAAGCCGCUGUCAUUUGCAGACUGUGUUGGCAAUGAGCUGCCAUGGGGAUGGGAAUCUGGCUAUGAUCCACAAAUUGGUGUUUACUAUAUUAAUCAUAUUAAUCAAACCACACAGAUAGAAGAUCCACGUAAGUUAUGGAGGAAAGAACAGGAGCUGAUGCUGAAGGACUACCUAAUGGUGGCACAAGAUGCUUUAAGCACUCAGAAGGAGCUCUACCAUGUAAAGGAGCAGCGGUUGGCACUUGCCCUGGAUGAAUAUGUGAGACUUAAUGAUGCCAAUAAAGAAAAAUCUAGUUCACGUACUAGCCUAUUUUCAGGCUCAUCUUCAAGUACCAAGUAUGAUCCUGAUAUCCUUAAAGCUGAAAUCUCAACUACAAAAGUCAGGGUAAAAAAACUGAAGCGGGAGCUGUCACAGAUGAAGCAGGAACUAAUGUACAAGGAGCAGGGGUUCCAGACACUGCAGCGUAUUGACCAAAAAAUGUCAGGAGGGCAGAGUGGAUAUGAGCUUAAAGAAGCAAAGGACAUCCUUUCCGAACUCAAAAGCAUAAGGAAGGCCAUCAGCAGCGGGGAGAAGGAGAAGCAGGACCUCAUGCAGAGCCUUGCAAAGCUGAAGGAACGAUUUCAUCUAGAACAAGGCAGAGGAAGAUCAGAGCCGGAUUUAACAUCUAGCCUCACCAACUCGCAUUUGUCUCUGUCCAGACAGAUGCUGGAUGCGGGGUCACAGACUGAUAUUUCUGGGGAUAUCGGAAUGAGAAACCGAGCAAAUCUGGCAGAAAAGGUCAGGCUGAGCCUACAGUACGAGGAGGCUAAAAGAAGUAUGGCUAACCUAAAAAUCGAACUAUCCAAGCUGGACAGUGAGGCCUGGCCUGGAGCCCUUGACAUAGAGAAAGAGAAGCUGCUUCUGAUUAUUGAGAAAGAGGAACUUUUAAAAGAACUUCAGUUUGUAAGUACCCAAAAACGCACUCAGGACGAGCUGGAACGACUGGAAGCAGAGAAGAAGCGGCUCGAAGAGGACCUCUUGUCUGUCAAAAGCACUCCCAGCCAAGCACUUGCCGAGAGGUUAAAAGUUCAAGAAAAAAAGAAGGAGCUGGUGAAAAAAUUGGAAGAAACCACAAAACUGGCCACUUAUUUGCAUUCAGAACUAAAAAGCCUGUCUGCCAGCACAUUGUCUGUUUCCUCGGGUAGCAGCCUUGGCUCCUUAGCAUCCAGUCGUGGGUCCUUGAACACUUCUAGUCGUGGCUCUCUCAAUUCACUGAGCUCUACGGACCUGUAUUACAAUCAAGGAGACAGUGCAUCAGACUUGGACUAUCAGUACAAGCUGGACUUUCUUCUCCAAGAGAAAAGUGGUUACAUUCCAGCCGGGCCUAUCACUACUAUUCAUGAAAAUGAAGUGGUGCAUUCCCACGGCAGGCCUGAGUAUAGCAACUUGCCCACUGCACAAGAGGACCCACAAGAAACCAAACCUCCAAAGUCUGUGACGUCACUCUCUUCCUUAUCCUCCCUUUCAUCGUUGUCCCCGCCAGGCUCUCCUCCACUGUUGGAAGGCGCCUUCUCUUUGUCUACUCAGGAUACCCUUGGUACAGAAUUUGACUUUCCUGGAAUAUUUUCAGAAAUGGGCAUCAAUGAAAAUCAGCAAUUAUUGGACUCUUGUAUAGAGCAAUCUCCAGCCUUCUCUGAGGAAAAAGAUCCAACGCUUGAGACUACUGCAACAUUGCCAGAAGAAAGAACAGAUGUUGACUUUCCAAGAAAGUCUGCAGGUGACAUUCAGGAAGAGAAGACCGCUUGUGUUUCUGCUGCAGUUUCUGAUGAGUCUGUUGCGGGUGAUAGUGGUGUAUAUGAAGCAUGCAUAAAGCCGCCUUGUGAAGAUGCAGCAUUUAGUGAAGAUUAUCCAGUGCUUGGGGCAGCUGAAGUGCAGAUAACUCUUAGAUAUGAUCCAGCAAAUUCCAGCUUUGUGAUAAUUAUUGGAGAGACAAGAAAGCAUCUUACUCUAGUCCAGUGUGGCUCCAGAGUAUAUAUCCGUGUUGCCAUUCUCCCAUCUUCAAAUGACAUCAGCUGCCUCUUUAGGACCAAAGUAUACCCGGCGGCAGAGACUAUACUGUUUAAUGAGCUAUUCAGAGUGUCCAUUUCACAAAGUGUAAUGCAGCAGAAGACUCUGAGAGUAGACGUGUGUUUAGCGGGAAGGACCCAUCAAGAGGAAUGCUUGGCCGGCAUCCAGAUCAAUCUGGCAGACCUGUCAUUCAUAAAUGAAGUAUAUACUCGGUGGCACACGUUGAUGCCCUGCAGUGCCAUUCAUCAUCCAAAAGAGACUACUGAAAAGUCAGUAUUAGACAAGACACGGCCUGCUGCUUUGGACUUGGAUGCUGUGUCAGCAUUGCUAGAGAGGACAUCUGCUGAGUUGGAAGCAGUGGAACAAGAAUUAGCCCAGGAAGAAGCCAGUGAGGGUGAUCAGGAGCAGAUGUGUCCUGCAGAGGAAUGGGUAGAAAUACCUGCAGAGGAAUCAUUCAAUACCCUGGAUGAACAUUGCCCUACAGAACUUCUGGAUGGCUAUUACUCCCCACCACUGCAGCUGAGUGCUAAUUCAGAAGAGGCACAUAGGGAACCCUAUGAAGGAACAAAUAGCUGGGAUCCUACCUCCAAUGUUCCCCGUGCUGCUGAGCUUCCAACACUGGUUGACAAAGAAACAAAUACAGAAGAAGCCAUUCACGAAAACAUUUCGGUCCGACCCAAAGACAGGAGUACCCUUGGAUCACGACAGCGGCCGUUUGUGCGAAACAGCAUGAUCGUUCGGUCUCAAACAUUCUCUCCAGGAGAGAAGAACCAAUACAUAUGUAGGUUAAAUCGAAGUGAUAGUGACAGCUCGACACUCGGUAAAAAGUCUCCUUUUGUAAGGAAUGCAUCAGAACGACGGAGUUUGAGAGUAAAGAGGCCCAUGUGCCAGACAAUGACCAGAAGAGUCAUGCAUGAAUGUCGUGAACGGACAUCUCUGGACUUGGAGCUGGAUCUCCAAGCAUCACGGACAAGGCAGAGACGACUCAAUGAUGAGCUGCAGUUACUAAGAGACUUGAGGCAAAGGUUAGAGGAAAUGAAAGCCAGGGGGGAAACUGAAUUGCCACCUUGUGUCCUGGAUGAUGAUCGUUUCCAGAAGCUUCUAAAACAAGCUGAAAAGCAGGCUGAACAAUCAAAAGAAGAACAAAAGCAAGGAUUCUGCGCUGAAAAAUUAAUGAGAAAAGCCUCAAAGGACGUAUGCAGGCUACGUGAACAGAGCCAGAAGGUGCCUCUACAAGUACAGACAUUCAGGGAGAAGAUUGCAUACUUCACCAGAGCCAAGAUCAGUAUCCCAUCUCUCUCUGCUGAUGAUGUAUAGUUAUAUUUUUGUUUCACAGCUGUAGUUUUCCUAUUGGCCGUUUUUUAGAUGAACAUUUUUGUAGCAUAGCUUUUGCUUUUAUGGUAAAAGUAAAACUGAAUAUUUUUUUUACAUUACUCCGUAGUUUGUAAAAUAUAUUAUGCGGUAUCUCGAAUUAAAGUCUAGGUAAAGAAAAAAAAAACACCAAAUGAGAAAAACACACACAAAAAAGUUCUGAAGAAACCAAAGUAGGGUCAUUUGGUACACCGAUGGUAAUUUUGUACAGUUUGUAUAUGUCCUAUCCACGUUUUCCUAAUGUUUUGUAAAGAUGGAGCUAAAAACAGUGACAGUGUGCUUUUUCCUGUUGAACUGCACUGUUCUCAGAUGUUUUUUGUUCAACGGACUGAUGUUCAUGUUUUCAUGUAAGCUGACUGUGAAAAUGGCUGAAAAGCCGCACAUUUGACUUUUGCACCGUAGAUGUUUUUUUUUUUGGGAGUUUAAAAUUUCCAAACCUUUAAGGCUGCCUCAUGAACCAGGUGCUUCUGUAUCCCAUAGUGGUGCCAUGGCUAUAGAUGGUACUCACUUUGAAGAAAACAGAGUUAAGAGGUGCUGGAAGGUGACACACAUUCAUUUCUAUGCCAGAUUAGGGUUACAGCAACGGAGAAUAAAGUUACCUACAUUUUGUAGAUAAUUCACCAAUUGAAUAGUGAACGGCUAUUCAUAUACCUCUGCUUCUUUUUCUUUUAUUCAUUUCCUAACAUAAGUGAAUAGGCAACUAUCAGUAUGCUGGGGUUAAAAAUAUUGUAUAGAAGGGAUAUACAUGAUUUAUGUUGUUGUAUUUAUACAUUCGACCAAAUAUACCUUUGUAAUAGGUAUGGACAAUAUUAUUUAGAAGGUUAUAUAUGUAAUAAAAGCCCAGCCCCCUACUAGCAUGAGGAGCUUCAGGAUCUGCCCUGUAUCUACUGCUUUAUUCAUCCUGUUGAGAAGGAGGACAGUAGUUGUGUGCAUUAGGCCGGUUUUACAUAGGCAUAUUAUAGAUGUGUUUCUGCCUCCGUAUUAUGGCCACAAGUCCCGGCCCGACUGUGGGACAGGUAUCAAGACUUGCAGCCUUACUGCAGAUGCAAAAAUGCUUCCGUAAUUCUCCCAAGUUUAAAUAAUUUUAUCAGGCCCCUCCUGUAGACAACAGAACGUUCAGAUAGAGAGCAAAAGAAGACCAGUGUCAUUGAUGCUAAAUUUAUGACCAGUUUGAACAACUAUAUUAGCCCAUAUUGGCUAAAAUGUUUAUGGCGGCAUUGGUGAAGUGAUUGUUCAACACUUGUUCGACUUGAUUCUACUUUUAUCUAAUGUGUAUGGCAACUUUAAUGUUUAUCUUUAGAGCACUCUGACGGCAGCAUGUUUAGCAUCAUUAUACAAUAUGAUCUAUACUGCUAAGUUAAUGGAGGAGAUUUAUCAAAUUUUGCGCAGAUGAACAGUGGACAAGUUGCCCAUAGCAACCAAUCAGAUUGCUUCUUUAAUUUAAUGCUGCGGCAGGAUCUACCAAUAAAACACAGAUGUGAUGGAUCAAUGCAUGACAUAAGCCUUGCAAUGAUAGGCAGAUAGGUGCAGUGAAAGACUAGUAGUCCUAGUGGGUGCACAAGCUUCAGGGAGCUUGACUCACAGUCCCAAUUUAAUCCAAACACGAUACAAGGAUGUGGCACUCCAAAAUUAAGGUAAAUCCAUAACGUGAAUUUAUUUACACAUCCAAGCAAAGUGCAGCAUUUCAAUCCUACAAUUUGGUUCCAAUUUUGGAUCUUUUUAAAUGGGCACUGUCAUGAACUUUUACAAAUUUUUUUUUUUGUUGUAAUUAAAACAGUUUAUUUUGAUUUUGAAAUCCGACCACUAGGGUUCUGCCUCCUAGUGGCCGGCUGCAGCCUGCUGUGACGUCACAGAUGAAUUCGGACCGAUCCCGGCCAGGCAUCGGUCCGAAUUCAGUCAGGCUGCGCUCGCUCCCUGCCUGUCAAUCAGAGAGGCGGGAGCGAGCGCUUUGAACUAAGAGGAUGUGCGCAGGCUCCCCGGUCUCGCACACCGGCCCCUGCUCCCGGUGUGAGGUGGAAUUUCAUGCGUCGCUGCUCCUAAGCAGUGCUGCGCCAGGACUGUCCUGCACUUUAGUCUUUUUCAGGCGGAGGGGGGGGGGCGGGUUGCGAGGGAGCGGGAUGUGCGGCAGCUGCGGCCAUCGCCGUAACACAGAUACUGUUUUCACCACAGUGUGCCUCCAGUUGUUUCCCCACUACAACUCCCAGCAUGCCCUGACAGCCAAUAGAUGUCAGGGCAAGCUGGGAGUUGUAUUGGUGAAACAGCUGGAGGUACACUGUAUAGGUGAACUAAGGGCGGAAGUCAGCCCCCUGCAGGAAUAAGUGACAUCGCGCCUGCUGGGGAAGUCUGCCUGGUAGUGAGCACACUACCAGGCAGACAAAAAGGCAUUUUUAAUAUAGUAAAAAAAAAUAAAGGCAGUGAGGGGGUUAGGGAUAGAUGGGCAAUAGGCAGGGACAGGAACAAAUGGUGGGAGCUACUCUUUAAAGCAGCUUGCUUUGGUAAGAUCCAAAUAGUAGGAUCAAAACAUUGUACAAUUCACAUUAAUUAAUUAAUUCACCUUAAUUUUGGAGUGCUGCAUCCUUCUAUCGUGUUUUAAUGAUGAUUCAUACAUGUCCCCUAGGGGAAUUAAUAAUGUGUAAAUAAAUAAAAUAAUGCAAUAAAGGUUUUAUACAAAUAAAUUAACCCCAUCUGUACGAAUAGUUCAAAGCACCCUGCCUUUUUCUAUUUUCCACCUAAAAAUAUGGAAACUAAAUAAAAAUAGAUAUAUUUUGUAUUGCCAUGAAAUUGUCUUCACUAUUAAAAUAUAACAUUAUUGAUCCCAUACAGUGAAUAGAUAUAUAAAUAAAAUAAAUAAUACAUAAAAAAAUAUUAUUUUUUUUCUCAGAAAAAGGACUAAAAAGAAGAUAAAUACUGAUAAAAACUACAGAUCAUGGCACAAAAAAAUUAGCUCAUAUAGCGAUAUACAGAAUUUUUGUGUAGUAAAAUAAAACAAAACCUUUAUAAAUUGGAUAUCGCUGUUAUCCUAUAAACCUACAAAAUAAAGAUAACAGGGGAGAUUCAUUAAAAC